AUGUUAAAACUUAUUUUUAUUUUAUUGGCUGCCAUGAUCAGCUUCUCACAUGCCGGCCAUCCAAACUACGGACCAACUUGUGUUGAUGACACUUGGCUCGAUCCAACAAUUUCAGCACCAUGUGGAACUUUUAUAUGUCCUGAUGGAUGGACUAUUGAGAAUUAUGGCGGUAAUAGAUGCUGUUGUGAUCCUGAUGAUGCUGAUGGUGGUCCUUAA